CGUGUAACUGCAACCUUCACGCCCGCAAGUGUCGCUUUAAUAUGGAAUUAUACAAACUCUCCGGUCGUAAGAGUGGAGGCGUUUGUCUCAAGUGUCGGCACAACACCGCUGGAAGACAUUGUCAUUAUUGCAAAGAAGGCUAUUAUCGGGACGCAAGUAAACCCAUCGCUCAUAGGAAGGCGUGUAAACUGAAAACU